GGAGCAAGAUAAGGAGGAAUGGAUGGGGAGAGAAAAGACUCUGGGGAGACGCACUGGACCGAAGGCAGCAGAAGGACUUCGGAGGAGCAAGAGGCAGAAGGCAAGGGGCCAGAGGCCCAGAAGGGGGAAGAAGGGAGAGAGCGGGGGCUCGGGACAGGGCGCGCCCGCGAGCAGAGCCCCCGCGGAGGGGGGUGAGGAGGAUGGAGUGGGCGAGGGGGGUCAGACCUGCCUCCCUGUUGCCCCGGGGCCACGGGCCGCAGGAGAUUGGCUGCGGCUAAUCGGCGGGGCUGCAGCCAGAGCUCCGAGGUGGGUGGCGCCAGGGUUACUCAAUCGGCCCGCCCGGGAGCCCAACCUGCGGCAGACACCCACUUCGCUCCUGCGCCGCGCGCUGCGCGCUGCGAAGUCACCGUGCCCGAAGCCGAGCGGACGGACCACCAGAGGACAGGGACAGAUUAGGGCCACCGCGCAGCGGCUAGGGGGCCGGGGGAGCGGCCCGAGCCCUGGCCCGAGGCCGCAGAGGGAGAGAAAUGAAGGGCGCGCGAACUGCGCUGCGGCUGCUGCUGCUGGGGCUGGCGCUAGGGCUAGGGUUUCUAGUGGCGCCGGGCGCUCCGGCCGCCCGAGCCGAAGAGUACGACUACUACGGCUGGCAGGCAGAGCCCCUGCCCGGCGGGGGCGCUGGGCGCUUCUACUCCAAGCCCCCACAGUGCCUGGACAUCCCAGCAGACCUGGCGCUCUGCCACACGGUGGGCUACAAGCGCAUGCGGCUGCCCAACCUGCUGGAGCACGAGAGCCUGGCCGAGGUGAAGCAGCAAGCGAGCAGCUGGGUGCCGCUGCUGGCCAAGCGCUGCCACUCGGACACUCAGGUCUUCCUGUGCUCUCUCUUCGCCCCCGUCUGCCUGGACCGGCCCAUCUACCCAUGCCGCUCGCUCUGCGAGGCGGUGCGCGAUGGCUGCUCCCCGCUCAUGGGCUCCUAUGGCUUUCCCUGGCCCGAGAUGCUACACUGCCACAAGUUUCCGCUGGACAACGACCUGUGCAUCACCGUGCAGUUCGGCCACGUGCAGGCCACCGCGCCGCCAGUGACCAAGAUCUGUGCUCAGUGUGAAAUGGAGCAGAAUGCGGAUGGCCUCAUGGAACAGAUGUGCUCCAGCGACUUUGUGGUCAAAAUGCGGAUCAAGGAAGUCAAGAGUGAAAAUGGCGACCGGAAACUCAUUGGGGCCCAGAAGAAGAAGAAGCUCCUCAAGACUGGGCCCUUGAAGCGCAAGGACACCAAGAAGCUGGUGCUCUACAUGAAGAACGGGGCCAGCUGUCCCUGCCCCCAGCUGGACAGCCUGACCGGGAACUUCCUUAUCAUGGGGCGAAAGGUAGAGGGGCAGCUUCUGCUCACCGCCAUCUACCGCUGGGAGAAAAAGAACAAGGAAAUGAAGUUUGCUGUCAAGUUCAUGUUCUCCUACCCCUGCUCCCUCUACUAUCCUUUCUUCUAUGGGGCUGCAGAACAACACUGAAGGGUAGUCCUCCUUUGUCCCCCACCCAGCCUUCCCUGGUCUCAGCCGGUGCCUUCUUCCCAGCCCUAUGGACUAGCUGUCUCUUCAGCCACCCCCACCCUGGUCUUCCCUCCUGCUCUGACCAUUCCUGAUGGAGUCACUGAGAGGGAGAGAGGACAGUUUCCCAUGAGGGGGGAAAUAACAAGGAAACUGAGGCAAGCUAGUCUCGCCAUGGGCCAACAGGUGAUAUCCUAGCCUUGAGAGAGAGAGAGAGAGAGAGAGAGAGAGAGAGAGAGAGAGAGAGAGAGGAGAGAGAGAAGACAGAGAGAGAGAGAGAGAGAGAGAGAGACUGGUCUUCCCUCCCUCACUGACCAAGAUAUACCAUGGUGGCCCUGCUUUAGGUUUCCUCUAACCCAGGCAUGCUGUCUUAUCCCUCUGAGAGACCUCUGGGUCUCAGCAAGCAGGAGGAGGGGGCAGGUAUGUGAAGAGACGGGUUAUUUCCAGAAGGAGAUCAGUUAGCGUGGCCUCUCUCACUCUCAGUGAUGGAAACAAGGAUGAGGAAGUCUGAUUCUGAAAUAGAAUGAGCUGCCCUGAGUAGCAUCGAAGUUCAGUCCCUUCCUCUCCUCACCUCAUUCCUCCAGAAAGGAAAAGAAGUGAGAAACACCAGGGAAAUGCCUUGUGGGGUUUAUCAUCAAAGCCCCAACCUUCCCUCCUUCCCCUUCUACCACUGACCUCAUCUCACCCCAUUUCUCUACCCCUCUGUCCUUGAACUAAAUGGGAAGACCAGUCCCCCAUCUCUAUGCAAUUACUGCCCCCUACAAAAUUUCUCCUGGGAAGGUUCAUUUGCCACCCUUAAAAUCUGCCCGCCAUUUUCCCCACCUUCCAACCAACCGUGUUUAAGUAAAUUAUUGCUGGUGCUGAGGUCAUAGGGGCUAGAGGAUUUAUGUCAUAUUUUUUUUGUAAGUUUCUAAUUAAAUCUGAGAAACCACCC